AUGUUGAAACUAUUGCGGAAUAGUCGAGUGCCGAGGACCCAUCUUCCGCGCUGCUCACGGCUAUGGUAUAUUUCACGACCAUAUUCAACGCCCACUGCUUCUGCCGACACCAGCAUAGCAGACCCUCGAACGUUCCAACUUCAUCCACUGUUGAUCAAAAGAGCCCGUUUGUUAUCCGAGGAAUUGACAGCAUUACAAGAAAAGAUCUCUGGUGGGUCAUCUUUCAGUGUCAGUGAUCAAAAACGGUUUUCUGAACUCUCAAUCAUCACCGACACUUACACGAAAUACCAGGACCAUUUAACCAACUUCCAAGAACUCCAAGAGCUCUUCCAUGACGAACAAGAACCCGAGUUGAAAAAUGAGGCAGAAAAAGAACUCCGAGAGCUUCAACCAGAACUCACUGCCGUGGCUAGCGAUUUGAAGGCCAAGCUCCUUCCCCCACACCCGUUUGAUUCCAUGGCCUGUAUUCUUGAACUUCGACCAGGGGUCGGAGGUGACGAAGCGGCGAUUUUCUCCAAAGAUAUGCUCGAGAUGUAUUCUCAGUUCGCCCAUGUUAAGAAAUGGCCAUACCAUAUCAUGAGUCAAGUAAGGACAGAAAAUAACGGGAUCACCAGUGCAACUAUAUCGAUCGAUGAACCGGGUUCCUACAAGUUAAUGAAGUUCGAAAGAGGGAUCCACAGAGUGCAGAGAAUUCCUGAAACUGAAACCAAAGGCCGGACCCAUACUUCCACUGCCGCGGUAGUGGUGUUGCCGAAGAUCUCUGAGGAUAAUGAGAACCCUGAUGCCGAUCAGCGAGAAUUCAAACCGGAAGAAAUCCGGGUGGAUGUCAUGAGAUCCCGAGGAAAAGGUGGACAGCAUGUCAAUACCACUGAUUCUGCGGUGCGUAUUACCCAUUUCCCAUCGGGGAUUGUCGUGGCAAUGCAAGAUGAACGGUCACAGCAUAGAAAUAAGGCCAAAGCGUUUGCGAUCUUGAGAGCAAGAUUGGCAGAAAGAGAAAGAGCGGAGAAAGUGGAAAACGAAAGAAAAAUGAGAACUUCCCAAGUAUCCAGUACCGACAGAUCAGACAAAAUCAGAACUUACAACUUUACUCAGAAUAGAAUCACCGACCACCGUUGUGGGUUUUCGUUACAUGACGUUGGUGGGUGUAUGAAUGGUACAAGAUUGGAGGAAAUUAUUUUGGCAGUGGAAAAGAAUUAUAAUGAAGAAAGAUCGAAAGAGUUGUUAGAAAUUGAGGAGAAUCUGGACAAGAAAUAG